UUAUUUAAUCUUAAUUUUUUACCAAAUAGAAACUUGAAAGUAUAUCAGAGUAUCAGAAAUCAAACACAAAAUAGAAUAAAUAAAAAUUUAUAGAUUGCUUUUAGAUGAAUGCUUAUUCAAUAUGUUUAAAUGAUUCUUGCAAAAAUAAUUUAAUAUUAUAAAAGGAUAACUAAACAAUUUAGAAUUGUAUUGAUAGUUCUCAUAGGCUUAUAAAAUCUUAAGAUCUUAUAGAAAAUGCAUAAUGUUCCAUCAAAGUCUUUUCAUAAGCUCUAGAUUUGUUGAAGGAAUCCUACAUUUUUAAUGAAUAACCAGGAUUGUCAAACAUAAACGUGUAAAAUAUUUCAGCUAAAAUCAAGUAGGAGUUGGAGUAAUCAAUUAAAUAUUCUCAUGAAUCAAUAAAUUGUAUUCAAAAUGGAUUUAUUAGCUAGUAGUUUUUGAAGUAGCUACUUUACAUUGAUAUGGAAGGAAAUAUAACAAACAUAUAAUUCGAAAGAAUUAAAGCCCUAACUUCUCUUCUUUAGCAAAUAAAUUCAAGAAAAUGUAGCAUAAAUUAAUUUAAUUGCUAAGAUCUUAUCUAAGAAGUAGAUUAGAAACAUAUCUAAAUAUUAUCUAUAGAUAUUUAGGUGCCUAUUAUAAGUUUUAUAAAUAGAAUUACAGUAUAUGCUUUACUACCAUCUAUUUAAACCCUUUAUCUCUCUAUAAUGCACUAAUAAUUAACUGAAUAAGAAAACAAUACUCUCUGCCAUUUUAUAGCAAUAUAGACUUCUCUAAAAAGGCUUCGUUUACAAAUUAUGAUAGGUCUAUAGUAUUAUAAUCAUUUAAAAAAUAUAAUUUAGUCUUUAGUUAUAAAUAGGAGCAUUAAAUAUUUAACUCUAGAUUAGAGUUGUGGGGUCUUGCCUCUAUAAAUAUUUGUCCAUCUUGCACACCUCAUAAAAUACAACUAAAAUAUUAAGGAAUUAAAAUUGUUGUUUGAUUUCACUAAAUUCUAGGUACCACAUACAGAUUUACAAAGCUUAAUAGCAAUAUUUUUAGAACUAGAGAAGUCGAAAUCAAUAAAUUAUUUUUAUGGCUACUUCAAUAGCUUAAAGCCUUAUAGUACUACCCAUCUAGGUGAUCAAAUUGUAUAACUCUUAGCUAAAAAUAAAGUAAUUUAGGAAUUCUGCUUAGAAACAACCUCUAUUAAAUACAACUUGAACAAAAUAUCUUAAGGUCUUAGGCUCAACGAAGGACUUUAAUAUUUCAAUUUAACAAGCAAUGAUGAUUAUGAAAUAGAUGAUGUGGUAACGCUUUGUAAGGCAGCUGAAGAUAGAAUGCUAAAUUCUACUUUGAGAUAUUUCAAUUCUUACAGCUAUGUCAUACCUUAUGAAUACAAAUCUAAAUUUAAAAUUUUAACUGAAUAUUAAAAUUUUAGAUACUAGGCACUAUUUUACAUAUUAGCUUAUAAAAAGCAUUUUGCUCCCUAUAUAAUUUAUAAUCCUUACAUAUAGUACAUUGACCUCUUUGUAAAUUGAAAUUUUUGUUUAAAAUUUGUAAUUUAGUAAAUAUAAUAAAAUUUUUGUUAGCUUUAAAAGUAAGUAGGAUACUAAUAGAAUUAAUUUUUAAUAAAUCAAAUUAGGAUAUUACAGCUCAUAAUUAUAAUUAUAAUAAUAAUUUAAAAUUUUGUUUUUCUUAUCUAUUUAUUUAUUUCUAUGUUUUUUUCUAUUUUUAAAUAUUCGCUUGCCAAUAUAAAUAAACACUAC